AUGAGCGCCCCUCCAGCUGCGGCGGCCAACACCGGCGAGGAUGCUGCUGAUAGAAAUGUCGAAAUGUGGAAGAUUAAGAGGCUCAUCAAGAGUUUGGAAGCCGCUCGAGGUAACGGUACGUCCAUGAUUUCAUUGAUCAUUCCUCCUCGUGAUCAAAUUGCUCGUGUCCAAAAAAUGCUUGCUGAUGAAUACGGAACUGCAUCCAACAUUAAAUCCCGUGUUAAUAGGCUCUCCGUCCUUGGUGCUAUUACCUCUGUACAAGGUCGUUUGAAAUUAUACAACAAAGUUCCUCCAAAUGGAUUAGUUGUUUAUUGUGGUACUAUUAUGACGGACGAAGGAAAAGAAAAGAAGGUUAACAUUGAUUUUGAACCUUUCAAACCAAUCAAUACCUCCUUGUAUCUUUGUGAUAAUAAGUUCCAUACUGAAGCUCUUCAAGGACUUCUUGCUGAUGAUAACAAAUUUGGUUUCAUCAUUAUGGACGGAAACGGUUGCCUCUUUGGUACUCUCCAAGGAAAUACGCGAGAAGUUCUUCACAAAUUCACUGUCGAUCUUCCAAAGAAGCACGGUCGCGGUGGUCAAUCUGCUGUUCGUUUUGCUCGCCUUCGUAACGAAAAACGGCACAAUUACGUUCGUAAAGUCGCUGAAUGCGCUGUGGAGAUGUUUAUCAAAAACGAUAAAGUUACUGUAGCUGGUUUAAUUCUUGCUGGAAGUGCGGAUUUCAAGACCGAACUUGGACAAUCUGAUAUGUUUGAUCAACGAUUGCAAGCCAAAAUGAUCAAGACCGUCGAUAUUGCUUAUGGAGGUGAAAAUGGUUUCAACCAGGCCAUCGAACUUGCUGCUGAUACUCUUGCCAGUGUGAAGUUCAUUCAAGAGAAGAAGCUUAUUGGUGGAUAUUUUGAUGAAAUCAGUCAGGAUACUGGAAAAUACGUCUUUGGCGUUAAGGAUACACUUGCUGCUUUAGAAAUGGGAGCUGUCGAGACACUUAUCUGUUGGGAAAACUUGGAUAUUGUGAGAUACAAAUUGAGAAACUCGCAGAAUGAGGAAAUAAUUUUGCACUUGCGACCGGAUGAAGAAAAGGAUAAAUUGCACUUUACUGACAAAGAAACUGGUCAAGAUAUGGAAAUCAUUGAAACCAUGCCGCUUCUUGAAUGGUUUGCCAAUAACUAUAAAAACUUCGGAGCAACUCUGGAAAUUGUGACAGAUCGAUCACAAGAAGGAGCCCAAUUCGUUCGCGGAUUUGGAGGAAUUGGGGGACUCUUGCGUUAUAGAGUCGAUUUGACGCAUGCUGAUUUGGAUGAAGAACUUGACAACAUUGACUUAGACGAUUAUUGA